AUGGAGGCAGCCCUCUCGCCCGAUUUCCCCCCUGGCUCGCUGUCCAUCCACAAACUAUGUCUCUGGUUGAAGAGCUGCGACUCCGCCAUCCAGAACUGCAUCGUCACUGACAUCUGCUGGUGGGCUGAGUCCGACACCGUGCUCAAGCACCAAUCCUUGGUGCUGCGCUUUUGGUAUCAAGGAACGGCCCACGACCUGGUUUUGGAGCGCGCCGGAAAGGCGAUUUGGCGGCCAUUCCGUUCCGCAAUCGACACGGGGACAUUCAAGACUGUGGACGACACGAAGAACGAGGUGUUCUGGAAGUCCCAUCGAUUGUUGUUUGCACUCGUUGCUAAUCGCGAUAUUCUACCGAAGAAUGCCUUCUCAUACAAGGCUUUUGUCGACUUCCUUGACUACAAAUGGUCCGGUCCGCCCUUAACACUGGGCUUGCUUCCGCAGUACCUGAAAGCUAUCAGCGAGCAAGCCCCGCGGUACAGCCUCGCAAGCAAGAACUGCUACUGGUUCGCCCGCCUCGUCUUUCACAUUCUUGCCAUUCGACACUACUCUUUCCCACUUGUUGCCUCUUCUAUACGCCCACGAACCUUUGUCAUUCCCCGAACUACGGACAACACAGUAAACGGUACCGCUGACAUUGUCGAGGCCGACUGGCAGCACCACGACCCGUCCUCUAUCAGCCUUGUUCUCCGUUUCUUGCACUACGAGGAGUGGCGAAACGGCAUACUCAUGUUCCGCCGAAUGGCCAUCGGCACAACCGUCCUCCUUUCGCUAACCAUCAUCGGCGCGACGGGAUACGGGUUCUCGCUGGUUGGCAAGAUUAUGCGGCGCAACGCCUCAGACACCGCAGCUAGCCAGCGCGUGGCAACGGUGAACACGUUCUUCCUGGGGUUUGUAGCGCAGGCGCUGGUUGUGCUGCCCGCCUGCAUCAUCCUCGGGCCCAAGUUCGUGCGCUGGCUGGUGCGUGCCCUGACGCGGCUGCUGGUCCGGCAAGGAACUCUGAAGGCGGUCAAGUUGUUUGAGAGCGCCGACCCAGAGUCUGCCCGUGGCGACUACAUUCCGCCUAUGCUCCCCUUCUCGCUCGCGAAAAAAGGGCCUCCGCGAUACCUCCGCCGGUCGGGCAACUUCCACCAAGAGUACACGAUGCGGAUACACCGAACGAAGCGGGAGAUGCCGCAGCCAUGGACCAACGACAAGCAAGUUUAUGAAGGGACUAGACCCCAAUAUCUCAGGUCACUUGCGAAACUCAGGGCAGAGGAACUUGAGGAAAUACGCUCAACGCGGCCGCCACGACGAGAUGUUCCUAUUACCCUUCAUCCGCAAAGGUUAGCACAGAACACUGUGCCCAGUAUUCCAAGCUCUAUGCAAUAG